GAACGUCUAUAUCAUUUAUCGCCCAUCGCACUGCGAAGCUAACGGUAAACGCGAGAGCGAAGGCCCAACGGAUAGCAGCAAUGGAGACUAAUAAGCUAUGGGGUGGGCGCUUUUCUGGGAAGACCAGUGAAGCUAUGUUAAAGUUUAGUAACUCCAUCACUUACGACCAAAGAUUGUGGAAAGAAGACAUAGAGGGAAGCAAGGCGUACGCCGAGGCGUUGAAACGCGCAGGCAUCAUUACGUCGCAGGAGGCGGACACCCUUCGUCGUGGCCUGACCGAAGUGGGAAACGAAUGGUCGUCGGGAGAUUUCGUGGUUACUCGGCACGACGAAGACAUUCAUUCUGCGAAUGAACGUCGUCUAAAGGAAAUCGUCGGUCAUGAGAUCGGCGGCAAACUGCACACGGGUCGGAGCCGGAACGAUCAGGUUGCCACGGAUCUAAGGUUGUGGACACGCAAAUCCGUCGCCACGCUGGUUGAACAUAUCAGGCGCUUCAUUGAGAUCACCUGCACAAGGGCCGAGAGAGAAAUCGACGUGCUUAUGCCCGGCUACACGCACCUCCAGAAGGCUCAACCUAUCCGCUUCUCCCAUUGGAUGCUCAGCUACGCCUGGUUUCUCCGGCAGGAUGCAGAUCGGUUCCUCGAUCUCUCGCGCAGGUUGAACGUGUGUCCUCUGGGAAGCGGUGCCCUCGCCGGGAAUCCGUUUCCGAUCGACAAAGAAAAGAUGGCGUCUGAGCUUCUCUUCGACGGCGUCAUCCAGAACAGCCUCACAGCAGUCAGCGACAGAGACUUUGUCGCCGAGUUCCUGUUUGUCUGUUCGCUGACUGCCGUCCAUCUCAGCAAGUGGGCCGAAGACUUGAUCCUCUACUCUUCAGCCGAGUUUGGAUACGUGGCUCUCGACGACGCUUACAGUACGGGAAGCAGCCUGAUGCCACAGAAGAAGAAUCCGGAUGGACUCGAACUCAUACGUGGCAAAACCGGCAGGAUUUCUGGACACCUCGUCGCCUUCCUUAUGGUCCUCAAAGGCCUUCCGAGCACCUACAACAAAGACAUUCAGGAGGACAAGGAAGCCGUCUUUGACGCCUACGACACCCUGGCUGCAUCAUUGGAAAUAGCCGCUGGGAACGUGGAAACAAUGAAGGUACGCAAAUCUGCCUGUGAAUCUGCUCUAAGCCCCGACAUGCUGGCCACGGAUGUUGCCUACUACCUCGUGCGGAAAGGGACGCCAUUCCGUGACGCGCACCACAUUGCCGGUAAACUGGUAGCUCUUGCCGAGCAGAAGAAUCUGCCCAUGACAAGUCUCACUUACUCGGACGCGAAGUCCGUGUCUGAACUCUUCGACGACGACUUAGCCCAGCUCUGGAACUACGAGCACUCAGUGGAACAGUACAAGGCACCCGGUGGCACCUCGAGGGAGAGUGUUCUCGCACAAAUCGCCGCCCUGCGACACUGGCUCACCGAAGAAGAACAGCGCCGCUAGGCCACAAACCAGCGUCAUAACUACCUCAGCCACCCUGUGUUACUUCACCUCAAUGUUGCAAAAUGUUAGCGAAGAGACGGGGCCGUUUUGUUGAAAUUCACAUGCAGACCGAGCUUACAGAGUUCGAGACUCGUGCGUGUUUCCACAACAUAAGGACUUUAACCGUCAACUGCUGUUAUUUCACACGAUUAGGGGUGUGCGAAUAUCAGUCUUUUUCCGACCUAAUUACGAAUUGAAUAGUGCCAAUAGCAAAUCGAAUAAGAAUCGAAUAUUUCUGGAUGCGAAUCGAAUCGAUUACAAAAUAUUUUUCGAAUAGAUAGCAAACAAUGUGCAUCCUUCUCGCUAUUAUCAUCAAGGAAUUUCAACCGUCCUGAUAUUUGCAACAUUAUAAAGCUUUUUGUCAUCACACUGUACAAUAUAAAGCGUGCUUCAUUAAAAUUGCAAAGGCAAUAUUAGAAACACCUAAGCAUAUUGUUUGCAAAUUCAGGCCCCUUAAGAGAAUACGCGGCCAUAGAUUAUCACAUAAGGCUUUUAAACAUAACCCUGUGGAUAAAUUAUUAUGUGUGUAAACCGCUGCGACCAGACAUGCGUGUCGUCGGUGGAGAAAGCAGACAGAAAGAAAAGUAUCCCUUCUAUAGUACGAAUGGUCGUGGCAGAUGGCGCCACUGUUUUAUGAAGUGAAACGUAUUCUGAUUUCAUCCGAUAAGAGAACACAGGUUCUCCAUCGAUAUAUAGUACCACACAAAAUCCACUGCCAAAUGGCGUGAAUAAACUUUUAAUUGCGAGUGAUUGUGUUUACCCGGAAAAGUCUAGCUGAUGGAGCGAUCCAGCGUGCUAUAGUACAGCCCACUGUGAAUCGGAUGGAAGUCGCAUUUUUGCUUCAAUUUCACGUUUGAUCGUGUACAGUCAUCGAGGUUAAGUAUCAGAGAACUAUCUGAAAGUUAUUCGUGUUUUCGAAUAGUGACUGUUUUAUUCGAGGACCUAAUCAAAGACUGACUAUUCGGUUCGGGGAAUAGAACAUUAUUAAAUUAGUUGUUCGAAAGUUUCGAAUAUUCGCACAUUUCUACACGCUAUGUUAGCUACGACGGCGAUUCAAAAAUUACCCGCGCUUCCUCCGCAUAUGAUACGAGUACAUUUUUAUUCUAAUUUCAGAAAAUGCAGAUACGUGAUCGCCAUAAGUGACCAGGUGCACGCAGUGCGCUUUUGAUAAAUGUUGCACUUCCCAGCCGUCACUCUUUAUGGCAUAACUGACAGAUAAGGUACGUCGCCAAAAUUUAAAAAGAGAAUCGUUACAAUUCCUCACUUUCUUUCCAAAUAUCAGCCGCUCGUAGCAGCACUAAAUCAUGAUUUCUGGCAGAACAAUUUGUGAGCGGUGCUGUAGUUCGGUUAGUGCGGUUCGAGUCACUUACCGCAGGUUAGAGCGAAACGGCAUACGCACAGCUGUUCUAUAAAAAUACUGGUUUAUAUUUGGAAAGAUGAACUUAUGCAUCACUCUGACAACGCUAACAUUGUGAUCAUAAUAUAAUGACUGUGCCUGCAUUUAAAAGCUAGGCGGAACUCGAAAUUGUUUAACGCUUUUCGAACAGACGGUUUCGCAAACACGGCGGUAGCAGUGAGCCUGUGGCCACUAUAAACUUCCAGUCGCGUCUCCUAUCAGUGUACUUUGGCUGAGAGAAAAACAAAACGUGUUUCCAAGUUGGAUCAACGUUUGGGGAGUCUCUAUUUACGUAAUCAAAUAAAGGAAAUGUGCAUGAUGCUUCACACACAGGUACAUUUCUUUUUAUGUCACGCAAUAUUGGUUUGUAAAGUUGUGACGAUUGUAAUUAUUAUAGCGGAAUAAAGACCCAAGCUUCAGAUCAAA